GCACUGUGUUUUUAAGGUUGCUGCUGUAUUCUGUACCUUGCAUCAUAAAGUUGAGUCAACAGAGGGACGGGCAAUACGCCGGGAGCAGGUUGGCUUACAGACUUCCUGAACAGCGAGGAUUAACAUUUUGUACCAACUACUUCAACGUUUUUUCGAAGAAACAAAUUUUACAAACAGUGCGAGGAGGACGUGAAGUUAGUUUGUUUUCGGUGCUGGAGGUAUGAAUGCCGACAAGGAGGAGCAGGAAGACGAACUUCUCGCCCUACAUAGUAUCUUUGGUUCGGAGGAGUUUGUCCGGGAUGAGUCGACGUCUGCCGGAGAGAUCCGAGUAUCUGUUGAGCUGCCUGCAGACUUCACUGUGGUUCUUAAACAGGGUGAGACGCUGAGGCAGUAUGAGAUAUCAUACCUUCCACCUCUGCUUCUGAUCUUUGAACUCCCUAAGGACUACCCAUCCUCCUCUCCUCCCUCCUUCAGCCUCACCUGCAGCUGGCUGACACACACGCAGCUCUCUGCACUGGCGGCCCAGCUAACUGAUCUCUACCAGUCCACUGGGGGCGCUGUGGUGCUCUUCUCCUGGGUACAGUUUCUUAAAGAAGAUGCCCUCAGGUUCCUAGAAAUCACUACUAUCCUGGAGCUCCCCUCUGAUGAAGACAGCACCCAAUACUAUAGCCAGGACACAUUAAAUGCCGCACUCAGAGAACCAAAGAAUAAUCAAUACACUCCAGAGUCAGGACCCUCAGAUAAACAAAGUUGUAAUGUGUCAGAUCCUUGUAAACCAGACCUCUCUGAACCAUCCUUGGAAGAUGAGCAUCCGAUAGUGAUUCUAACUGAUGGACAAAAUCCUUCAACCUCAGACUGGACCAGCACAGACUCUCAGGGAGAUGUGGCAUUAGACUCCUGCAAGACUGACCAAAAUAAUUCAACAUCCCACCACAGCCAAGUCCCACUAGAUCAAAGUGGACAAGGAGCUGCUUCUCUGCCAAUCCACCCAAGAGAAUCCCCCCAAAAUGAAGACCACACCCUCUCUGGUCUCUCCCUAACUCCGUCACAAAUUCUCCUGUCCCAGCUCUUGAUCUACGAUGCAGCCCAGCAUCGGAAAGUGUUUGCCACCACAAUGUUUGACUGUGGUGUGUGUUUUAUCGGCCAGCUCGGUUCAGAAUGUGUGCAAUUGCCUGAGUGUGGCCACAUCUUCUGCCAGACCUGUCUCGCCCAGUUCUGUAAGCUCCAGAUAAAAGAGGGGGACGUCCAGGGUGUCACCUGUCCUCAGGCAGACUGCAAUGCAACCCCUACACCUGCACAGGUGAAGAGUUUGGUAGGAGAGGAGCUGUUCAGCCGCUAUGAUCGUCUCCUGCUGCAGAAGACUCUGGACUGCAUGGCUGAUGUGACCUACUGUCCUCGGCGUUCCUGUGGUUCGCCCGUCAUUCAGGAGAAGUCCAGCACUGCAGCCAUGUGCUCUGUGUGCAGCUUUGCCUUCUGUGUUACCUGCAGACAGACCUACCAUGGAGCAAAUGACUGUCAUAAAAAGAUGAACACAAACAAACCAACAGAAGAAGACUCACAGCAAGCCGAAAUAAAUCUGCCACAGUCACAAGAGGGGUUAGAAGCUCUGUGGGAGGACUAUGCCAGUGGCAGCAAGCAAAGGAAGCGCCUCCUGGAGAGCAGAUACGGCCGUAAGAAAUUCCAGGGCUCUGUGCUGGAGCAUCUAAGUGAACAGUGGAUAGCCAUCAAUACCAAGAACUGCCCUCAUUGCUUCUGCAGAAUACAGAAGGACGGAGGAUGUAACAUGAUGACAUGCUCUCGGUGUGGAAGAUAUUUCUGCUGGACAUCUGAGGCAGUCAAUCACUUUGCAGCAGUCCCUGUCCUCUUUAAUAAAACUACCUGACCUAGUGCUUUAGCUGUUUUUACCCCCAGCCACUGGCCACCAGCUAUGGAGGGAAUGGAGUGCAUGUUUUUUGAUAUGUUAAAAUCACUUUGAUUUUUAAGUGCACUCUUAGCAGACACUUGACAACGCAAACAUGUAAGAAACCUAAAAAAGGUGAUGUGGAGCAUGUUUUCAAACCACCUCUAAUCAUCUCAACACAGAAUCUGUUCACUGUAAACAUUCAAGGCUUUGUGGUCUUUUGCUACAGGCGAGCCAACAAAAUAAUUUAGUCACAGUUUAUACAAACAAGCCACCAACAUUCAAUGCCACAUUAGUUUCACUGUCAGAAAUUUAAAUUCCUGAAGUAUUUUACACUGAUUUCAACUGAAGUUUUACUGUCAUUUACAAAAUCACACCAUGUGUCAUACUGUAUCAAGACCAGUAGAUGUUGGUACAUUACAUAAAUGAAACAGGACUACAAAUACUCAUAUUUGAGAGGCUGAAGCCAGUAAAACCUUACUUUAAAAAUUUCUUAAACUAUUGAGUAUCAAAAUUGUGCCCUCACCAAGCCAGACUUAGUGCAAAGACACUGUUAAGCUUGAUCUUUAUGAAAUGUAACCAUGUUGCAUAAAACUUUUCUAGCUCUUAAACCACUGAAGGACACCUAGAAGCCAGAAAUGUUUUGUGGUCCAUAACCAGUGUGUUAAGAGAAGAAGAAGGGGAACCAGUCUGAUCUCAUCAUUUAGAUAGUUUUAUUUUAUUACUGCUAAACAUUUUGUUCUUAGCAAGUUACAUAGUUAAGUUGGUCAGUUGGUUCACAUUCAGUUUACUCUUUAAGCACUGAAACAUUUAAGCAUUUAAAAUGUCUAUGAAGAUUCUCAGUCAUCCAGGUCAUAGUUAUCCAACUGAAUGAACUGGCAGUAUCCAGUAUCUUCAACCAAAUCCAGUUGCCCUUGACUUUAACCUUCGUUGGAUAAGCAUUUAAAGGAUGUUGCUAUCCAGCCACUUAGUAAUAUAAGCAGUAUUUGUUCUUAUGGCCCCACAGAGCCUGCACAAUAGGAGGCAAGGUCUGUCAUUAUGAUUCAGCAACAGACAAGCAAGUCCUUUCUUGUGUAGCAUCUCAAUAUAUGGUCUGUACUAUACUGGAUGUUCAUGUUUCCAGGCAAAAUACAGUUAUUAAUGUUAAA